AUGAUUCUUGUAGGCCUCGCCGUUCCUAUAAUCAACUUGACGACGUCUCUAUUCUGUCGCGAUUACGUCUCAUCUCCAUGGCUUGGCCUUUUGUCCGACCUCCAUGGCAGGACCCGGAUGAUCGCUCUAGGCGCAUUGGGCGCUGUAUUCGACACGGCCAUCGCCCUCAUCGUGGUAUCUUAUCCACAACAAAUAUCGUUUAAGAUACUUCUGGUUGGGGCCGCGAUAGGUGGGUUAGGUGGGUUGUUUACUGCGAUGCAGGCUCUAAUCUACUCCUACACCUCGGAUUGUACACCUCCGCAUCCACGAAGUGUGACAUUUGGACUACUUCAAGGCACCCAAUUCUGUGGAAUUGCCUUAGGGACCAGUGGCCAAACCUAUUUCAUCAAUAAUACAGGCGGUACUUUGCCUGUCUUCAAAAUUGGGCUUUUAUUCCAUGUGAUAUUUUGUCUGGCGAUUCGUUUCAUCGUCCCCGAAUCCCUCUCUAAGGAGAGACAGCAGGCUGCUCACGAUCAACACCGCGCUAAGAGGGCAGACCCAGACCCAAGUAACGCAAUGUGCUUCUCCUGGAAGCCAUUCAACCCGAUGAACCUCAUUGCAUCACUCAGCAUCCUUCUUCCUGCUGCUUGGAAACCCAGUGUCUUGUUCCCUAACCACCAAGGUGCCAGUGCUACCUUUUUUGUGUUUGGUGGUGUUACGGGUACCGUGCAGGUCAUCAUCGUUUAUGCCGAGUACAUGUUUGACUGGGGAAAUGUGGAAUCUAGUCUCUAUGUAUCGAUCGUUAAUGCCGUCCGCGCGGUGGUCCUGGUUUUUGGGUGUGACACACUGGUAAUUGUCCUCAUCCGCCUGUCGAUCGUUUGUGAUGUCGUGGGCUACAUCGGCUACGCAUUGUCGAAGUAUUCAUUUAUGUAUGGGCUACAUUCAUCUCUGACCAAGCAUGUGUCUCACGAACGCAUCGGCCACUUGUUCGGGGUCAUGGGGCUCUUGUAUGCUCUCGCUCGCAUCAUCGCGCCGACAUUCUUCAAGCUAAUCUACAGUUUCACAGUCGCAACCUACCCCCAGGCGGGGUUUAUGUUCCUCAUAAUUUUAUUAGGGGUCUUAUCCUGCAUGGGCUUAUUGGUCCAACCACAUGGUACGUGUUCCCUCACUUCUUUGGAAACAUCAACUAAUUGA